UAGAACUAUAGUAAUUUGCAGUUGGAGUAUGCACACGUAAUUUGGUGUAAUAUAUUGUGUAGUUUAGAAUUUGAGUAAGAACAAUGUAAGAUUUUUUCUAUUCAAAUUCCGUCUCGCGAUACAUCAAUUUAAGCAUCAGUUAACCUUUUUUUUUUUUUUUUUUUUUUUUAAGAACAAUAUAUAUAUUUUCACUAAGAGUGACAUUUGGGGUUAAUCCAUAAUAAUUCGGUAUCUUAUUUAUUUAUUUAUUUUUUUUAAAAAAGAGGGACAACUGGUGGUAAGUCACGGUUAUCCACCUCUUUUGGGGGCUGAGAAGACUCACAGAGACAUUUCAGCCUCCUCAUGGCCAUAAGUUUGGCUUCUACACUAGCAGCGGGUUUUUAACUCGUCAUUCGCAUGAGUUAAAUCUAAAAUCUUUCAACUAAAUAAGAAGGUCACUAGGCCAUAAUGCCAAGUGUGUACACACAUAUAUUGUGGUAAAGAAAAUAUGAUAAAAAAUGUUCUUCAAUAAUUUGUGUGAUACAUUAUUUGAGGAAAAAGAGCUGAGAAGAGUAUCAUUUUGAUGGAAUUGACUUGGUUGAUUGAAAAACAAGUCUUGAAUCAGGACAAGCAUAUAGUUGAACUCAGCCUAGGCCUCUCCGACUAAAUAAGCAUGCCUCCCCCUUCUUGCUUUUCUUUCUGAAUGCAGACCCUUGAACAAUGGCUCUCUUCAAACAAAUUUCACACCUCCAAACACAAACUUUUCCCUAUCUUCUCUUCCACUUCUUUCUCUUACUCUUACUACUCGGAAAUGUCAACUCGUUCUCCUUCAACAUCUCCAGUUUUGAUACAAACACAAAGGAUAUCACCUACCAAGGUGAUGCUUUCCCAUCAAGAGGAGUCAUUCAGCUGACAAAGAAUCAAGUUGAUGGUCCGCUAACUGAAAGCGCUGGUCGCGCCUCGUUUGCUCAACCAGUGCAUCUUUAUGAUGCCAGCACGGGGAGGCUCACCGACUUCACAACCCAUUUCACCUUUGUCAUGAAAGCCUUGGAUGAUACACGCUAUGGUGAUGGCAUCUCUUUCUUCCUUGCACCACUGGAUUCAAAAAUCCCGGAAAAUUCAACAGGGGGAUACCUUGGUCUAUUUAGCUCCAAUUCCAACUUCAACUCAACCAAGAAUCAAAUUGUUGCCGUGGAGUUUGACAGUUUUAAAAACAGUUGGGAUCCAAAUCCUGAUCAUGUAGGAAUCAAUGUCAACUCCGUUGUUUCAGUAGCCAACAUUUCGUGGAAAACUACCAUAAAAAAUGGAUCGGUAGCAAAUGCAUGGGUAAGUUAUAACUCCACCUCCCAAAAUUUAAGUGUUUUUCUAACAUAUUCUAAGAAUCCAGAGUUCAGCGCUGGAGAUUGUAGUGUUUCGCACAUAAUUGAUUUGAGGAAGGUGUUGCCAGAGCUGGUAAGUGUCGGUUUCUCUGCUGCCACGGGUGAAUGGGUGGAAAUACACAACAUUCUGUCUUGGUCAUUUAGUUCAACCCUGGAGAUCAGUAGUAAUAAUGAAGCAGAAAGAAAAAUAAGAAUUGGGGUUGGUUUAGGGGCGGGUUUCGGUUUUUUGAGUUGUGGAUUAGGUCUCUUUUGGUUCAUCUCUUGGAGAAAAAGGGCUAAGAAGAUAAAUGAGGCAUAUGAUAUAUCUAUGGAUGAUGAAUUUGACAAGGGAACUGGGCCGCGGAGGUUCACUUACCGUGAAUUAAAUCGCGCAACAAACAACUUCGCUGAGGGAGGCAAGCUUGGAGAGGGAGGAUUUGGAGGAGUCUACAAGGGUUUGCUAACUGAGUCAAACACAGAAGUGGCUGUGAAGAGAGUAUCUAGAGGAUCAAAGCAAGGGAAAAAGGAGUACAUAGCGGAAGUGAGGAUCAUCAGUCGGUUAAGGCACAGAAACUUGGUGCAGCUCAUCGGUUGGUGUCAUGAACAAGGUGAGUUCCUUCUGGUCUAUGAAAUUAUGCCGAAUGGAAGCCUUGAUUCCCAUCUGUUUGGAAUGAAGCUCCAUCUAACUUGGACAGUAAGGCACAAAAUAGCCCUUGGCUUAGCAUCGGCAAUUCUGUAUCUUCACGAGGAGUGGGAACAAUGUGUUGUGCAUAGAGAUAUAAAGUCAAGCAAUGUGAUGUUGGAUUCCAAUUUCAAUGCCAAGCUUGGAGAUUUUGGGCUUGCAAGGCUUGUAGACCAUGGCUUGGGGUCACAAACAACUGUAUUAGCAGGCACCAUGGGGUAUUUAGCCCCAGAAUGUGUGACAGAUGGAAGGGCUAGUAAAGAAUCCGAUGUCUACAGUUUCGGGGUAGUUGCCCUAGAAAUUAGCUGUGGAAGAAGGCCCGUCGAAGCAAAGGCAGAACCAAGCAGGGUAAGGCUGGUGGAGUGGGUUUGGGAUUUGUAUGGAAAAGACCAAAUACUUGAAGCUGUUGAUGAAAGAUUGAAUAAGGAAUUUAAUGAGCAGCAAAUUGAGUGCUUGAUGACGGUAGGGUUAUGGUGUUGCCAUCCUGAUCCUACCGUUAGGCCUUCUAUUAGGCAAGUGAUUAAUGUUCUCAAUUUCGAAGCCCCCAUGCCAAGCCUGCCUUCGAAGUUGCCAGUGCCAAUGUACUUUGCACCUGCAUUGAGUAUGUGUAGGUUCUCCUAUACGUCUAACCUCACCGGAUCAUCAGUAAAAGAUCGAACUCAGUGUUCGUGUAGCAGUUGCACUACCCAUAAUUCAUCACAGUCAGCCGGCUCUUCGAAAGCUCUACUGAAUUCGCGCACAGCCGCUGUGUAGCGAUGUGCCUCUAUUUCUCUUUUUUUUUUCUUUUUACUUUUUGUUUGAUUUCUUUGUUGUCCAUGGUUAAGAGCAGGAAUUCUUGUGUUUUCUAUUGUUUUCGUUUAUAGACAGAGUUGGCUUACUUAAAUAUUUGGUAAAUUAUUUUUAUGUUGUUAAUUAAAUAAAGUUGUACGAACGGCUGAUCAUAUAGUUUAGAUCAAUUUGAGCUUUGAACUUGUAUUAA